AUGAAGGCAUGGAUGAUAUUGAUGUUGGUGAUUUGUGUAUCUAUGAUUGUGGGGCAAUCAGAGGCUACCAAAGGCCGUAAGUAUUUAUCCAGCCGUGUGAUUAACCCAUGCCUUCGUCCUAAUCCUCCAGCGGGAUGUCAUCCUCAUGGUUCUCAUCAUAAGCCUCGUGUCCCUGUUCACAAAUAUCGUCGUGGUUGCACUAUAAUUAACCGGUGCAAACGUGCUACAUGAACCUCACAUGACGUUCCUUUUCCUUUACAUUGAUCAUUUUUCUAUAUGAUACGACAACUACUAACAUUUUUUUUUUGUUUCAUAUUAAUAUGUAUGAAACAAAGUAAUUGAUAUAUAAAAAGGUAAUUGAUAUACACAAUUGUGUAAAUACAUGGUGUUGUAUAUAUGACAAUUUCUGAUUU